AUGUUUCCCAACCAGAAGAAGGGCGAAUAUGCUCUCGUCGAGGAGAAGCCACCCGCCAGCGUCCACAAGAGAGGCUCCAAGUCCAUCGUCACGGCGUUUGUCGUGUUCGCUGCCUGUGCUGUCUUGAGCAUUGGAUCCGGCUUCAGAAAGUGGUAUCCAACCGACAUUGCUACGGACUGGUCAUUGAAGGCAUCCAGACAGGGACAGCGAGUAGACUACAACCUGACUCUGUCUCAGUCCUGGCGUAAUCCGGAUGGCGGCCACUGGCGUCCACUUUUCGUUGGGAACUCGGAAUCACCAUUCGCAACAAUCAAUUGCCAAGAAGGUGACACACUGCACAUCCAUAUCCAGAAUGAUCUUGGCUUCCCGACGCAAUUGCAUUGGGUCGGAGUGAACCACGGCUCCGCGACCUGGAAUGAUGGCAGUGCUGGCGUUACGGCCUACCCAAUUCUCCCACGGGCAAAUUGGACAUCUGUGAUUCGAACGGAAGGGCAGUGGGGCCUCAAAUGGUACCUGGACCACGUUUCCACUCCGUCGGUCGACGGCAAUUACGGUACGAUCUGGAUUCGACCAGCAGCAGACCGCAUGCGGCCAUACCAUCUCAUCUCGUCCUGCAAGCACGAGCAGCAAGCGAUGCUGGAUGCGGAAGAAAAGCCAGCACAUGUCGUCAUGUACAACUACCAGCAUCGUGAGAUGCCAGGUCUGCUGGCUCAGUUGCAAGGCGAAGGCUAUGACCCGUAUUGCUUCCAAUCGGUCCUCAUCAACGGCAAAGGACGUGUGCAUUGUCGACCUGCAGAAGUGACCGCUCUGAAUGGAAAAUCCAUCGACAGCCAUGGUUGUGUGUACCAGCCCAGUGGAGCAAUUGGUUAUGGGCAGUGCGAGCCUAGCAACGGAGAUUACGAGAUCAUCGAGACCGAGAACAGGAGGUGGAUGAUGAUGAACUUCGUAAACCCAGGUCUCGAGCAUCCGUGGCGGGUUUCGAUCGAUAACCACAAGAUGUGGAUUGUUGCCAACGACGGCGGUUUUGUGCAACCACAGGAAGUCGAUAUCAUCCAAGUCACCAAUGCUGAGAGAGUGACCGUCAUGGUCAAGCUGGACCAGGAAGCCGCAGACUACCCCAUCCGCUUUCAUGCCCUCAGCGACCUGCAGACCCUCCAAGGCUAUGCCAUCCUGCGGUAUCCUCACCGGCGAAUUGGGCAACGGCUGGGAGAGCCAUACCCUGAGCCAAAGCAGGAGAACAGCAUCAUGGCUCUCAGCGGUUCGCCAAUUGGGAAAGCCGUGCUCGAAGACAAAUCCACGCUGCAUCCGUAUCCAGCACAGCAGCCGCCGGAGCAUGCUGAUAUCACGCUGAGGUUCAAGGCCACGGGUGCUCCAGAUCCAUAUAACCCGCACAUCACGAACUGCUCCCUCAAUGGCACUUCGUGGCAGAUCUUCCGUGGAUUGAUGCAUCCGAUGUAUCUGGACCCGAACCAAGCUCUGCCCGAUGCUCCAGAUCCAGCUGUGAGAAAUUUGCCUCUGGGCUCGGUAGUUGACAUUGUGCUGGAAAACGACCUUCCUGUCGCCCUUCCAAUGUACAAGCACAACAAAGCUUUGUUCCUCCUCGGCAGCGGUGAGGGUAAAUUCGGCGAGGCCGACGUUGCAGCCGCCACAAGUACAGGCUCAAAGUCUUUCAACUUGAAGAACCCGCCUCUCGGCUAUGUUCAUGAGCUUCCUGCGAGCGGAUGGAUGGCCUUGCGAUGGAAGAUCACCGAGCCGGCCGCGACGAUGUUCCAUGUGUUCCGCGUGAGGUACUUUGUGCUUGGAAUGCAAGUUCCCUUGUUCGAAGGUGACGACUACUUGCCGGAGGUCCCAGAUCGUGUGAAGAAUAUGCCCCAUGUGGAGCUUGAUAUCCCGGAGCAUAUGGGGAUUUUUGAUUAG